CGUGAUGGGAUCAAAUUCGCAUGACGUUGGACCCAUAUUAGGACCAAAAAUGAAUACACCGGACUUCUAAAUCGGAACGAUCUGAAAUCAUUUUUCUUUCUAUUUGUAAGUUUCGAUGUUUAUUUGUUUCUCACUCUGAUUUUUGGAUAGAUCUGAUCUACGCGAAAUUGAACAAAAAUGGCAGCAGGAGGACCGGAUCCGUUGUUUGGAUUAAAGAACAGUUUCUACUUGGGUGCAUACCAGGCAGCCAUCAAUAACAGCGACAUCCCCAAUCUCUCCACAGAAGACGCCGUUGAGAGGGACACACUCGUUUACAGAUCGUACAUUGCCCUUGGCAGUUAUCAGCUUGUGAUAAAUGAGAUCGAUUCAUCGGCAGCAACGCCACUUCAAGCCGUAAAAUUGCUUGCUUUAUACCUCUCGAGCCCCGACAACAAGGAAAUUACAAUCUCUAGUCUCCAGGAGUGGUUAGGAGAUCCAGCGAUCGGAAACAACCCUAUCUUGCGUCUUAUUGCUGGGAUUAUAUUCAUGCAUGAGCAGGAUUAUAAUGAAGCUUUGAAACAUACAAAUGCAGGGGGAACCAUGGACCUGCAUGCUUUGAACGUUCAAAUUUUUCUGAAGAUGCACAGAUCGGAUUAUGCCGAGAAACAAUUGAGAAUCAUGCAACAAAUAGAUGAAGACCACGCACUUACUCAACUUGCAAAUGCAUGGUUAAAUUUGGCUGUGGGUGGUUCGAAGAUACAGGAAGCAUAUCUUAUUUUUCAAGACUUCUCAGAGAAAUAUCAGAUGACUAGCUUGAUCCUGAAUGGGAAGGCUGUUUGCUGCAUGCUUAUGGGAACUUUUGAUGAAGCAGAGUCACUUUUGCUUGAAGCUCUAAACAAGGAUGCGAAGGAUCCAGAAACUCUUGCCAAUUUGGUUGUGUGCAGUCUUCAUCUGGGAAAGCCGUCGUCACGCUACCUCAGCCAAUUGACAUUAUCACACCCGGAUCACAUACUUGUCAAACGUGCAAAAACUGCAGAAGAGAGUUUUGACAGGGCAGUACAGACGAAUGCUUGACGAAUGGACCCUUCACAAGAUAUGAGAUUGUCUUAAUGUCGGUUCUAGUCUCUUACACCAAUAUGACGAGUAUACUUUUCUUUAACAUCCCUUGAAAACAUUUGGAGUUGUCCAGACAACUACUUUUAUGAAGUUCAAUUUGUUUAGAUGUUACUUUUGCCCGUACACUUUUGGAUGUUAGAUUUUGUUAAAAUUCAAUUUACAGAGCUCCUGGUUUUGGCUUCAUUGAAUAUAAAAAUGUAAAAUGUUAUAAUUGCUUAAUGGAUUGCGUUGCUAUGCGGAGUUCUUAAACAAA